GUAAAAUUGACUUGGCACAGAUCUUGUUAAACAACGUACUAUAAAACAUAUUGCAAAUCGCUCUACGUGAAAAGCAUCUGAAAAGGAAAAUGUACAACUGCUUAACAAUAUACUGUUUGACUUGAUGUAAGUAGAAGGGCAACCCUAUUAAUUUGAAAUAAUAAAGAUGGCUGAUUAUACAGUACACGUGAAGACCGGAAGUAAAAAUGGAGCGGGAACAGAUGGAAAUGUAUACAUUUCACUGAUUGAUAUAAACGAGAGGGAGUCGCAAGUCAUACAUCUUGACAUUUGGUGGCAAAAUGACUUUGAGGCGGGUCAAAAAGGGUGUUAUUCCGUUAAAAGUGGUCGCCAAGAUCUCGAACACGUCAACCAAAUAAAACUUUGGAGGGAUGAUACCGACUUAGAUGACACUUGGUAUGUCGAAACAGUCAUGGUGGAACGUUGCAGGGAUAAAGAUAAGAGUAUUUUCCCGAUACAUCGCUGGGUACCUGCAAACCUUCGACUCAAACUACAAGAGUAUGACUGCGUAUUGCCGCAAGUUGAUAAAAAUCAGCAACAGCGAAGGAAGGAACUUGAAACAAAACAAGGAAAAUAUCGGCUGAAAGUUCACCGAGAAGGCCUUCCACCCAUGGCCGCAGACCUGCCAAGUGAUGAGGCAUUUACAAUUGAGGAAUACCAGCUUGACCUAACACAGAAGGGAAAGAUGGUUGGUUUUCCGGCUAAAAUUGCAAAGUUUAUGACAUCCAAAUUUGAAACGCUCGAAGAUUUCCAAAAUGUCUUUGGAUGUAUCUUUAAGAGACCCUACGGGUUGGAGAGAUGGCAUAAAGAUGUCGAGUUCGGUUCCCAGCGGUUAACUGGUUGUAACCCAACAUUAAUAAGUCUUUGUCAGGAAAUCCCCCAAAACUUCCCCGUAACACCGGUGAUGGUUGAGCCAUUCCUUGAAGGGCAAACACUCAAGGCCUGCCUGGAGAGCAAGAAGAUCUACAUAAUGGACCUCAAAAUUCUAGAAGGCAUUAAAUGUUCCGAGAACAGAACACUGUGUGCACCCCUUGGUUUAUUCUACGUCGACAACAACCUGAAGUUGGUGCCAGUUGCCAUUCAACUAUUUCAAGAGCCCUCGGAUAUUAACCCUAUAUUCUUGCCAUCUGACCCUAAACACACCUGGUUGUUGGCUAAAAUGUGGUUUAACAACUCUGACGCAUCCUACCACCAAGCUGGCGUUCAUCUAGCAUUAACUCACUUUUUGAUGGAAUUUGUUGCCAUGGUAUCCAACCGUCAAUUGUCUCCGUCACAUCCGCUGUUCCGUUUACUGGCUCCACACUUUCAUCACGUUAUAGCAAUAAACAACUUUGGCCUAAAACGUCUGAUUAACCGUGGAGGCGGUUUUGACAAGACUAUGUCUAUGGGGACUGUUGGGAUGGAUAGUAUUGUCGACCGUGUUUGGGCGAAUUGGAGGCUGACUCAUGAGGGCACGUUGCCCGUUGACCUAAAGAAUAGAGGGGUGGAUGACGUUAACGCCCUUCCCCACUACCACUAUAGGGACGACGCUCUUCUCGUGUAUGGAGCCAUAGAGAAAUAUGUCAAGGCAGUCGUAGCUGGUAUAUAUGACUCUCCGGAAAAGAUCAUUGACGACUACGAGCUGCAUAAAUGGGUUCAUGAAUUGAGGACACCUCCGGUUGGUCCUGGGAUUAAGGGGUUGCCUGAAACUAUAGCAACGGUUGACGACAUCUCCUGUAUAGUGACGCCAUUGAUCUUUCAAGCAACUGUACAACAUGCAGCAAUCAACUUUAAUCAAUACGAAGAAUAUGGUUUCCCACCAAACUACCCAGGAUUUAUGGAUGGCCAGCCCCCCACAAAUAAGGAGCCAAAAUCGGAGAAGGAUCUCGUGCAAGCGCUUCCCACUAAAGAACAGACAUAUGAUACAAUGUUGAUAACAACGUUACUUAGUGGCAUGGACACGAGACAUUUGGGAGAUUUUGAGAUGCAAUAUGGAUAUGAUCCUAUCCUGCUACAGGCUCUUGAGACCUUCCGCAGGGACCUUGCAGCGAUUGACAGAGUGAUAAUAGAGAACCAGGCAACCAGAGAGAAUGUUUAUGCACAUCUCAAUCCAAGCAAAAUACCUAAUGCAUAA